AUACGUAGGCCUUAUAACACCGGCCCACUCUUACUCCAAAUACUCUUAGCCAAACCAGUAGGGUUUUGAUUUCCCCCAAUUACACAUCGCUCCCAUUAUAAAUUGAGCUAGGGUUUUCUGAACGUCAAGUUUUUGGCCUCCACGCUCCGCCCAAGUCUGUUAGCCGACCCGUCUGAGAGAGAAGAAGAAAAAACGCAGGAAAAAUGAAGGCGAUUCUCUCCUCCGACAGCAUGGACAUCCCAGACGGCGUGAAGAUCAAGGUGAACGCCAAGGUCAUCGAUGUUGAGGGCCCAAGGGGCAAGCUGUCUCGCAACUUUAAGCAUUUGAACCUCGAUUUCCAGCUGAUCAAGGACGAGGCCACCGGAAAGCAGAAGUUGAAGGUCGACGCCUGGUUCAGCAGCCGGAAAACCACCGCCGCCAUCCGCACAGCCCUCAGCCACGUCGCGAAUCUGAUCAACGGUGUUACCAAGGGAUACCGAUACAAGAUGCGUUUUGUCUAUGCUCACUUUCCGAUCAAUGCGUCUAUCAACAACAACGGCACUGCAAUUGAGAUCCGUAAUUUCCUUGGCGAGAAGAAGGUAAGGAAGGUGGAUAUGCUUGAAGGUGUUACUGUUUUGCGGUCUGAGAAGGUUAAGGAUGAGUUGGUUUUGGAUGGAAAUGACAUUGAGCUCGUAUCUCGUUCUGCUGCACUGAUAAACCAGAAAUGCCAUGUGAAGAAAAAAGAUAUAAGGAAGUUCCUUGAUGGCAUCUACGUGAGCGAGAAGGGAGCUGUAGCGGAAGAGGAAUAAGUAUUUUAAGUAUGAGUUUAUUGUUGGUGGAUUCAAUUUCUGCAUGUGCUGCCCUGUUUUUAUUUUUUGUUGUUUUAAGACUUCUUGUAGACGUAUUUGAAGAUGAAUUUACAGUUUUCCGGUGCAAGUCAUGCUGGAUGGUUUUGUUUGAUUCGCACUGCGGUUUAUUAUCAUUUGAUGUUAGAAACUAUUUGCUUAUGCAAAUGUUUAAUUGUCACUCAGUCUUCAAUUUUAUUUGGCCUUCUGCGUUUCUUGACUUUGAGCCUUCUCUCAAAUUACAUUUUGUCAUCUUUGAACACUGGCAGCUCUCUGCAGUUGAUGUUUAUUAUAUUUUUCAAUUGAUGAAUGUAUUGAGUAUAUAUUUUGAGACUAUCAAAGAAACUUUUAUUGGGUCAUGAGUUACUGUAGACUAUAUUAGCUGCUUGGGUAUCUGCUUUUGUGGAUGAGUGGAUCAGGUAUUAAUAUAUUUUAUUUAUUUUGUUUCAGUUGAUCUUUUUGGGAUUCUAAAAUGGAGAACAAUUAAGAUGCAUUUUUGUUCUUAGAUCAUAUAUAUGUGCCCUGCCAUACCUUCUGUUUGAACUUCACAUUCUUUAUAACAAUUCUCU